AAAAACACAAAGAAUAUAAUAAUAUAUCACCUUCAUAUCUCCCCCCUUUCUCUUUUGCUUGCAGUUUAAAGCAAUUUGGCAUGUCAUAGUCUCUCUCUCUCUCUCUAGCAACAUAUUAUAACUUUUGCUUUAAGUUCUUGAAAGUUUUGAGAUGGAGAGAGAUUUUAUGGGAUUGAAUUCAAAGGAAUCUGUGAUUGUGAUCAAAGAAGAGGAAGGAUGCAAAGACUCUUUAGAUACAUUCAACCCCCCCAACAAGUUCCAAUCGGGUGAAAACCAGAAUAGAGAAGGUGGAGCUUAUUUUUCAAUGACAAACUAUCCCGUUCAGCAGAAUGCACAUCUGGUGCAUCUUCCUUCCCAUGAUGCAAAGGCGGUCGUAGGUAUGAACCAAGGAAUUUCACUAUCCAUGAACAGCUCUUUCUUUAAGACACAGUUUGCUGGUGCUGGUCAGAAAUUCACUGCUGCUUCCACAAAGCCAUUUAAUCUCGGAGGGGUUCCAAUUACUGCCCCUAACUCACAUCCUUCCUUUGCUUCUCAGGCAGCACAAAAAGAACAGUGGUUCGGUCCAAAAACUCCUAAGGCUCCUUCUCAGAUGACCAUUUUUUAUAAUGGUACUGUGAAUGUCUUCGAUGAUAUCUCACCUGAAAAGGCUCAGGCUAUUAUGUUAUUGGCUGGCAAUGCACCUUCUGCUGCUUAUAAUGUUGCACAACGACGACAUCACCUUCUGGCACCAAGCGCUAUACCUGUGGCAGAGGAUGUUAGCUUUGGGGGCCAGCUCAUGAAUAUGCCACCAGGCUCUGGUCUCUCCAGCCCUAUAUCUGUUUCUUCACAUCCUACAAGGAAGUCUGUUGGUGGUUCUACUAACAUUGAUGGACCAACUAAAGUGAAUGGAAGUUCGAGCAUACCAUUUAACAAAGCUCCAAAUACAGGGACCUCAGUUGGACAUGUUGCUGCCACCACCAUGAUGCAAUCAGCUGUACCACAAGCGCGCAAAGCAUCCUUGGCUCGAUUUUUGGAGAAGCGCAAAGAAAGGACCAUGAGUUCAGCUCCUUAUAACACUCUCAACAAGAAAACUACAGAGAGUACCAUUCCAGGGUCCAACGUUCGCACUUCUGAGAGUUCAGGUUUGGCUGCUGCUCAGGUUUCUAAUGGCAGGGGUAGUAGCAACUAGUCGGGCUCAACGGGAAAGAGAAACCUACUUGUAUAUGUACUUAGCCCUGCUAGUAAAAAGGCUUUUGCUAAGUCCUUAGAUUAUAUUUUAUUAAUUAAUCUUUACUUAAUGUAACUCAUAGUUUCGGCCUUGAACGCAUAGAUGGUGAGCCAGUGAUGUUCAUCAAAUCUUGUUAUGUAAUGUUUAAAUCUGGAAGUCUGCAUUGACAUAUUUGAUGUAUAUGCAUUUCUUGACGCACAUUAAAUUAGUUUCCUUCAGUGAUUCA